AUGAUGCAGAUAGCGGGCGGGGUGAACGACCCGCGCGCCGCCGCCGCCGAACGCCGAGCGCGGCCGGCGCGGCGACACCUGGCGGCGAGUUGUGCAACCGCCGCGCCGACCUACCCCACGUCGGCCGCCGUGGUCACCGUCGCCGGGGCGGGCGUGGGAUACGCGACGAUCUUGGACGGCCGACAAGACAGAAGAGCGGGCGUUAACGCGGACGCUCGCACGCGGGGCGGUCUCCCAGUGGGUGACUGGUGGGCCCCUGAGCGCCCCUCACUCGGUCUGUGGGCCCCGAAGGUCGGGGCGACCUCGAUCGCGCGGAAACCGCGUCGCGGUCAAGGCCGCAGUCUAGACGCGACCCCCUACCCUCUCGCUAACCCCCCCUCCCCCGCCUCCGCUGAACCUUACACUCCCCCCGCCCCCACGGCCCUGUGCGUUCUAAACACCCCCGCGCGUCUCGUUUGCGUCCGCACGAGAUAUAAUGCUCUUAGCUAUACUGACCUACGUUUAGCA